AUGCACGUGGGCAUAGUCGAUGCUGUUGCUGCUCUAGCUGUUGGUACAGUCAAAGAUGUAUUUGUGUUCGAGACUGAACUUGAAAGAUUGUGCUUGCGCCCUGUUGCCAAUAACGCCAAGAGAGUGGUGUGUGCGAUGCCCCACGGCUGGCCCUACGUCCAUAUUCAGUCUCGUCCUUCAAUUGCCCCGCUCGACAUACUGGACAAUUCACUAUGGAAGCUCUUAGUUCCUAAUAAGGAAGUUACCUGCUUGAGGUGGCCUGCGAUUGUUCCUGUUGCUGCUGGUGGUUUUCAAAUGGCAACGAGAGCGGAAGAGGGCCUCUGCAUGCUAGCCCUAACUACAACCCCCCUCCAGUUGUAG